UGACUCAGAGAUAACACAUACAGUCUACAUUACAAGCGAGUAUAAGUUGUUUAACCAUUUGGAGCAAUGAUGGCCAGUACACGGGUUCAUGUCUUAGUCGUAAUAUGCAGUUUGCUUGCGUCAGUGCAUACAUCAGGAUUCACGUGGUCGCCAUGUGAUUCAAACGGGGCCGUUACGGUGGAAACAAUAGCUGUGACCCCUGACCCCAUCGAAUUGCCUGGCGUUAUGAAACUGACAGUACGUGGCAACACGACACACCCCCUUGACAACGCUAAGCUGUCAAUCACCCUACAUCGAGAUACGUUCCUGCUCAGCAUCCCCAUCCCCUGCCUUCUAAACCUGGGAUCGUGUACCUACGAUGACAUAUGUACAUUGGUGGAUCAGGCGAUCAGUGAGAACUGGGGGACCAUUACGGCAGGCCUUGCUACACAGGUUAAAACAAUGCUGUUGUCAGCUGGUAUCAACCCAAGCGUCUGUCCAAUUCCUUCCUCUCAACUCGUUCUGACGGAAUAUGCCAUCACUUUACCCUCGGUUCCGUCAGUUCUAAGCUGGCUGGCUUCAGGCGACUACACAGUUAAAGCAGAGCUUAAAGACAAAACCACCAAUUUAGAUUUGAUGUGCCUCGAUCUGAAACUGACUUUGACAAAAGCGUCAACAUGUACAGGAUGGCUGUGUGGGCGAAGGAAGAGGGAUAUUCUCAAAAACAGAAGCUAAACCAGCUAACGGUUCUAUCCAAAGACAAGUGACUUUGAUUUGUUAUUGAUUGUAAGAUUGUACUUUAAAAUAUCAUAGCCUUUGUCUUAAAUUUCAACAAAAUAAAUGUGUGCAUGUUUAAAUGACA